AUGUCAACCAUCUCAUCUCUCCGUUCGCUGACUUUGGACCUUCCGCCCAGCUGUGUUGAAUUCUGGCCCGCCCAUCCCAACUACUUUGUUGUUGGGACGUACUUCUUGGAAAAUGAAUAUGAGGCCGACUCGGCGGAAGGAAGUGUGACGCAGGAGACGAGAGAGCAAAAUGGGAACCGGCAAAAGGCACAACACAGGACGGGGAGCCUGAUUCUGUUUCGCUUGGGUGAGGACGAGAUAAUUCAGGAGCAAACGCUCGAAGUCCCGUUUGGAGUGUUAGAUCUCCAUUUUUACCCGAGCACAGAACCACACAGUCGAUUCAUCGCCAAUGCGUCCUGCCUAUUCGGCAUCGCGACUUCCACAGGCUCCUUAGCCCUCUAUGGCAUCGCCCAUGAAGCGGACGGCCCACCGCAAAUCAUCCACGCCACGACCCUCCAGUUCUUCCCUCAUGACGAACUCGUCCUCUCAUUCACAUGGCAUCCCGCAAACCCCUUCCUAGUCGGUCUAACCCUCGCCUCCGGCUCCGUCAUCAUCUGCCGCCUCGACGCCCUCAGCAACCCACCCCUCCUCAACACCGACGCCGCCAACCCCAACAACAUAGCCACGCUACAGCAGCACUCCCAGCAAGCCUGGACCAUGGCCUUCACGCCCUCCGGCGAAGGCGUUCUAUCCGGCGGCGACGACGCCGUCCUCAAAUACCAAGGCCUGCCCUUCCAGCGGGUUCCCGCCGCCCCCGAAGUCCCGCUCGCCGCCUGGCUCGACGCCGCUGCCGACCUCCCGGCCUGGGCGGACCGCAAGAUCCACGGCGCGGGCGUCACGGCCGUGCUGCCUUUGCUGGACGGCGCGUUCGCGCUGACGGGCAGCUAUGACGACCACGUGCGCAUGGUGCACGUGCCGGAGGUUGGGGCGAAACGGGUGCUCGCGGAGCGGAAUCUCGGGGGCGGGGUCUGGCGGCUGAGGUUCGUGGGCGCGCUGCCGUCGGAUAUGGACAGGAUCCAUAGGCUGGUGGUGUUGGCGAGCUGCAUGUUUGCUGGCGUGAGGUUGCUGGAGGUGACGCAGGCGAUGGAUGAUUCGUGGAGGAUCGAGGUGUUGGCGGUGUGCGAGGAGCAUAAGAGUAUGAACUAUGCUAGUGAUGUGCAGCCGGGGCUGAUGGUAGAGAGGAGGGGUUAUGUUUCGACAAGCUUCUAUGAUCGGUUGCUUUGUCUCUGGCGGUAUCAGGCUGAGUGA